UGCUUUAGGUGUUGGUUUUUCAGAAGAAUAUCAUCUAGACAUCCGCAGAUGGCCACCAGUGCGACAUGGAAGUUAAAAGUCUAUGGGCGUUUUGUUUCAAAGUCUGGAAAAAGAGCGUCAAACCCGUGGAAGAAAUUUGAGGCAAAUGGCAAAAAACCAGAAAUAUUCCUCACAGUUGUGGAAUCUGGAUACUUGCUGGUAUUGCAAGGACAUAAAAGCUUGGAUACAAUUCCUUUGCACUGUGGCUCUGAUAUUGUCGAAGUACACCAGAAAUCUGAUACACUGAUGCUUCGAUUUACAGUGAAGGGUGAGGGCCGCAUGAUAAGGAUGCAGUUCGAUGGAAGUAGUGUGGCAGAGGCUAUAAACAGGUGUUCAAGUGCUGUGCAAAAACUGAUGGAGUACACGUCUGUCACCAUUCAGAGCGACACCCUGCCACCCUCUAAUCAGUCCCCCACUGAGGUCUCUGCGCCAGAGAUGCAGGAAAAGGCUGUGCGAGUUGAGCCUGAGGUUGUCCAAGGAUCACUGUCCGUCAAGCAUCUCACCCAGUAUUUGUUGGAACUUUCACAGCACUUCUUGGGAGAGACUGCUGUGACUCUGCCUCAAGUGUAUCGCCAGGAUUCUUUGGCACAAAGUGACUUGGAGCCCAUCCUGCGUGUUUGUCUUCUGGAUCCCACCUUUCAUGCAUUUGUGGAGAAGGUGGAGGGGGAACUGAGGAAAGUACUGGGAGAGUGAAGAAUCUCAACAACAGCUCAAGGCAGAUAGGUCAAGUCAGUGCAAUGUGGUUUUUCUUAUACACUUUGUGUAGGCAGUGCCUGGUGGUGGUGGUUGAGUGUUUCUUUUUGUGCUGCCGAUGUUCCAUGAAAUUUUGUUACACAUUAGUUGUUACACUGUAUGGCCCGAAGAGGAUGCUUUGAAUUGUAUUGAAUUUAGGUGGUUAGAGGAAGAACUUGCAGAACCAAAACAUAAAAAAAGGUGGAUUCAUUUUCAAACUUUUUAUUCAGAAAAAAAAAUAUUGGUCUCACUCAUAUGUCUGAUCGUGGCUAUAUACUCUGGUCCCCCUGUUCCCACCGUAAUGCAGGUCCAUUCCCACCGCAACAUACAUGGAUACAUUGUAUUGAAACAGGAGUCAUGCAGCUACAGCAGUGAAUUUUGCUAUGCCAGCUUCCAAGUGAUCCCACAAUAUUAAAGCUUCACUGAGUAAAACAAA